AUGGAUGGCGCAUUGAAUCGGGUGUUACAAGGCGAAGACGUGAAUGCUGCCGCGGAAGCCGUGGCCAAGGCGACGGAGGAUCCGUUUAAAUUUUGGAACCAGUGGUUCGACUGUGCUGCGCACCACGCCGAUGCCCAGGACCGCUUGAUUGCUCUGGUGCAGGCGUUGCAGAAGCACGAUGUAGGCACUAUUGAUGACCAGAAGCUCUGGGGAGACCUUCCUCGUCUUCCCUGGUCGAUGCGCGAGAGCUUCCAACUGUAUGACAAUGAGGCCAAGCCCGAACAGCUCAUCAACAUUUCGGCCAUGUUUGCCAAGUGCGCCCACGCUCAUGUUGCAAACACACUCAUGUUUGCAGUAGUUCUGUUCCGUGGUGUCCUGGAAGAAGAGAAGGAGCCAAAGGACCUCGAUGCGCGCCUCCAGGCUCUCAUUGCGUGGGUGGAUGGCGCAGGCAAGGAACUGUACAACGACGGCAAACAGCACGGCGGAUCUUCGGCAAUCGCAAAGGGUGGUGAUCUCUGGAAGGGCGCACCCGGAUUCAGCAAAGAGCGCUGGGUCUUUUGGAAGGAGCGUCUUCAAUCCAUGCACACUGAUACAAGCCAGAAGCUACUCAAGGCAAUGGAGGCCACUGAAACUGCUUGA